AUAUAAAUUUUGAUAUCGUUAAGAUAUAAAAGAGUUUAAUGAAUUGACCGCAUUUACGAAUAAUUCUAUAUACAUAUAUAAAUAUAUAUAUUUUUUUCUUUUUUCAUGUUUAAGUUUCUUUAUUUCUCAUUAUUUCCUUUUAUCAUCCUAUUUUGCUUUCCUAAUUUCUCUUGUUAAAAGCCUACCCGCCUGCAGAAUAGAUUUUGAUAUCGAAUAUGAUAUAAUCUACGCAUGAUAAAUAGCAGGAGAGAUCGUUACAGGAGGGAGGCAUAGAGAAGAAAUCUCUUCCAUAUUUUCAGGCUGAUAGUUUUUCAGUGGGGGAGGUUUUUGUUUCCUAUUCGGAUAGAUAAUAAUAAUAAUGAUAGUAAUAAUGAAAAUAAUACCGUACACGAGAAGAGACAGUCACAUCUGUAUGCUUUAAUCAAGACCUAGUUUCUCCAUGCUAUACUUCUCUGAUGCGAAUGUGUAUGGAUGGAUGUUUUUCUCUUUCACAUUUUCUCUCUCCUAUAGUUAGCUUGUUUGGAUUUAAGAAAAAGCAAGAACGACUGAGUGCUUGUAUGUCUGUCUCUGUGUGUGUGUGAAUGCAAGUAUGUAGAUUAUAUGUAUAUACGUAGAUGUAUGUAUGUAUAUAUAUUGUAUACUUGUAUGUAUGUGUGUAUGUACGUAUAUAUGAAUAAAGACAGUUGUAUAGGUGAAAAAAGGGGGGAAAUUUUGGUGACAGUUCUAGGGAAUGAGGUCGUUUUUUUAUUUGGUCAACAACAAUUUUUUUUCUUUCUGAAAACGUCGCUCUGAGAGGAAAUAUUUCACCAUCCUUAUUCCGAUUAAUAUCGAAUUAGAGGCGGAAAAAUCAAUUGCUAUUCCAUUACAAAUAUCAGAGUUCAUCUAUCUUCUCUCCCUCUCUCCUCUCACUGUGUUUUUCCUUCUUUUGAAAAUAGUGUGUAGGAUCGUAUUUUCCUGGAAAUCUACCACCAAUACUUUUCAAUUACAGCCUUCAGUACCCCUCUCCCCCUCCACAAUUCAAUCUAUAUACCUAUAUAUUUUAUAUAUAAAUAUAUACGCACACAUACACACAUCCAAUGAUAUAUUUACCAAUCAGUAAAUGCAUCAAUGAAAAGAACAUGGUUUUUUUUAUUCGCGUAUCUAAUUUACUUCUUGUGUUGGAUUCUUUAAAAAUGGUGAAUUUCUGGAUAUAAUUCAUCGGAUUCUUUAUUCAAAUUCUACAUGUCUGAUGUAUGACAGAUUAUUGAGGAGUUUUUUUAUUUCGCCUAUCGGUGCUAAUGUGACUUGGUUGUAUUUCGCUGCUGCCAAGCUUCUUUGUGUGUGAGUGUAAAAAGCCUACCAACCAACAUGGGCCAGCAGUCGUCAUCACCAUCUCAUAGCGCCAACGACUCUCAGAAAUUUGAAAGGUCUUCCAGUUACCGGAAGAAGAAAGACAGUUGUGAUAUCGGAAUUGUGAAUGCCGCUGCUGCCUCGCCAUUAUCGGCUCCGAGUUUGUCGCAGAGUACCGGCUUCAAAUCAAGUAAACCCCCCGACCUACCUUCCACACAUCGGCAGCUGCUUCAUCACACCGAACACGACCAACAACAGACUGAACAACCUCCACUGCCUCCAACACCAGUAGCCAAACCGACCACGGAUAGUACCCUUACUGGCAUGGUUACUGCUGUUAGUCCGCCCCAGCCGCCGCCUCCCGUGGGGCCGUCGGCACCCCCGAUGGAGAGAAGGUCCUCCUCUCCAGCCCAUCACAAUCACACUUCGUUAGCGGGUGCCCGGGCUGGAACCGCUGGACCUAGCGGUGCCACUAACGUCAACACGGCCGCUACUGCCAAUAUGUGUCAGACAACACAAGAAGACGAAAGUGGAAUUUUACAAGUUUCUCUUGGAGACUACUCAGAACCAAUAGAUUUCCGUCGCAAAGGGUCAAGUGUAAAAGAGCGUCAACUACCCAGUGCUCCUCCUUUAGAAGACGUGGACCCUUACAGCGAACCAUAUCAAUCAAAGCAGAACUUGGAUGCAAUUGAAGCCUUAAAGAGACAACAGAGUAUGACAAAUGAACCUGACAAUUUUGAUUAUGAGCUCGCCAAGCCUGUGUUCGAUCUGGUUGACACGAGUGGUGUUACCACUGCGAGCCAAACAGAUUCUACAUCAGGCAGUAGUAUCCUUGAAGUAGCAACUGUUGAAUGCAGCCCAGCCCAUGGCCGUAGGGUAUCAAAUACAAUCACUCCUCUCAAACUUCCGGACAACUCUCCCGGUGGCAUGAGAGGACCGAUUGCCUCACUGCCCAAACUCCCCGAUGGCUCACCAUGCAGGGAACGUGACCAGUGUGUCGGUGGAAGUGGUCCUUUAUCAUCCUCAUUACAGGCUGCUGAACGACAAUAUUCCUCCGAACUGGACAGUCAUUCUCAAUCGUCCGCAUCAUCCCAUCCUAGUAGUCCGACUGGAAUGACAGUGGAGAUGUUAUCCGAAUCCUCCCCGAUACGGGAAGUCACAAUGGAAUCACAAACAUAUGAAGAACCUUGGGAUUCAGAACUGCGUAAGAGGCAACUAGAAGAAAAGGUUUCUGCUGCAGGUAUUCACUCGUUGCCAUCGCCGACCGGCGAUGGACGAUUGAAAUCUCAGCAAGUUGGAACUGGUAACUAUGAAGAACCUUGGGAUCUUGCCCGACGUCAGAAAUUAUUGCAUGAGAAAUUGGGUUUAGCAGAGAAGAGCAAUUCAGCUUUGGACUCUGAUUACCUUGAGCCUCGGUCUGUACGGAAACAACCAAGUAGUAGUAUGUAUGAAGAGCCAUGGGACUCUGCUGCAAAGCAAAAAAUGUUAGAAGAAAAAUUUCAGGCUUCACAUAUCAAAACGUCUCCAAAGCAUCAAGUUAGUGGUGUUCCAUCAUUGUCCAGCGGCAACUGGGCUGCUGGCGAUGAUGCAGGUCAGGGAAACUAUGAGGUACCGUGGGAUUAUGGAGAACGAGCGAAGGCCAUAAAUGACUUAAUGACCGGACGUGCUCCUGAAUACCGGCCAAUGUCAUCCCCGCCAUCUGAAGCCCCCCCAAGUCCAUCCCAUAAACACAGAGGACACUGGGUAAAGCAACCGCGUCCCCAAUUACCUAGACAGAUCAGUGACAAAUCGGAGACCUUUGACCCCACGGCUCCAUUGACGAAGCAAAAAUGGUACCAUGGAAAUAUCUCUCGACUGCAGGCAGAACAACUUCUUCGUGUGUGCCGUGAAGGCAGCUACUUAGUACGGAGAAGCACAAGUAGCAAAGGAGAAUUUAGUUUAUCUAUCAAAGGCUGCCGAAGCAUUAUGCAUAUCAGGAUAGCUAACAGGAAUGAGCUUUAUAUUUUGGGAGAGUUCAGUGAGCCAUUCCGGACUGUGCCUGAUAUGAUCCAUUACUACGGCUCAAAUAUAUUACGGAUCAAAGAUGCAGAUCAUCUCCAUUUACGGUAUCCAGUUUCUGUAAAUAUGGCAUGAUGUGAAGUGACAAUAGCGAAGCCAUGGCACAGUGAGGACAACUGCGAAUUCCAUUGACAACGAUAACACAAUAUUUGCUGUGCAAAGAGAUGUGACGGAAAAAAAGGAUAAGAAGAAAAUAUAUAUUAAAAAUAUAUGAAUGUAAAAAAGAAAAAAAACAAAAAUAUGAACAAAAAAAAAAAACAAACAGAACAAAGAGUGUAUUUGAUGGCCGUGUUCGGUGUCUGACUCUUUCAAAAUAUAUAAUGGCUGUGCAAUAAGCAAUUGUAAAAGUUCCAAGCUGAGAGAUUAUUACUCUUAGGUUUAGAGCUUGUGUGUUAACACAAAUGCAAUUUCUUCCUCCAAACUGUACAUGUUUUUAUGUGUGUGCAGAUAUGUUUGCGUGUUGGAUUUCGCUACUAAUGUUAACGGUUUUUUUUUUUUUCCUUUUUUUUUUCUCUUAAAACAUCCUGCAAAAGUCUAAUUUGAGGGUUCUUUAGAACUGGAAAUCGCAGGACCGACACCAAACUCUGCAGCACCCAUACAUGCAUGCACACUGAAUGGUCGAGAAUACUUCACAUAAUGGUUAUCCGAGGCCCCUGCUAUCUUCUCUUUCUCAUACUUACACAUACAGAUGCUCAUGGCCAACCCACUGUUACUACGAGACUUUUUAUGCAAUAAACGGAAAAGACUUAGGUUA